GACCCCGUGGUGGUGGAUGGAUGACUGGAGUUUCCCCUUGCGGUCUGCAGAUUAAUGGAAGGGGUCUGUUGAUCUUAAGGAAUCGACUAUCAGAUGGUCGGCUCCCAGGAAACCACUGCACUUGAUGCUUGGUUUUAGAGACGAAUGGAGGAGGAGAUCCGUUUGAAAUAACCAAGAAAAAGGUUUGUCCAGCUGAAAAAAAGGCCUGCUGCUCUAAACACAGAGAGAGAGAGAGAUAGCAACCUGGUUAGUUCAGGCCAGGAUACGACGCUACAAGCUAACGCUAGCUUUGCUCGCUUUGACGGGAAAACAAGCUUUCGACGAUCCGGAGUUGGAUUUUGGAUAAACCAAGACGUCUCUGGAAAUAAAGGACAACUAAAUAACAUCUUAAUUUGCUUGGAAAUUGACAAACUACCAAGCUAUCAUCCUACUAGCUAGAGUUAGCUUAGCCCUAGCUAACCGUUAGUGUUAGCUGUGCAGACUUUGGAUAUCUACUCGCUUUGGUUGGGAGUUUAUCUGAACUCCCCUAAAGGAGAGGACAUAUCUUUAUUUACACUAUAGUCAAUAAUGGUAGCUGUUAGCUAGUAGCUAGCUGUCACCGUCAUUGAGUUAGUGGUGUAGCAUCACUCAACGACUUGUGGAGAAAAGGAAAACUCAAGCCUGAGCACCAGGGACUCCACCAUCACCACCAUCACCAUCACCAUCAGCCUGCCAUCAUGGGCAACACGCCCACCGCAAAGAAGGGCAAUGAGAUGGAGAGCGUGAAGGAGUUUCUUGCCAAAGCCAAAGAAGAUUUCCUGAAGAAAUGGGAGAACCCAGCACAGCAAACUGCGGCAUUGGACCACUUUGAGCGUUUGAAGACCUUAGGAACUGGUUCGUUUGGCCGAGUCAUGCUGGUUAAACACAAAGAGACGGGACAGCAUUUUGCCAUGAAAAUACUUGACAAACAGAAGGUAGUGAAGCUGAAGCAGAUAGAACACACACUGAACGAGAAACGUAUCCUGCAAGCUGUCAGCUUUCCCUUUCUGGUGCGACUGGAGCACUCUUUUAAGGACUACAGUAAUCUGUAUAUGAUAAUGGAGUAUGUACCCGGCGGCGAAAUGUUCUCCCAUUUAAGGAGAAUCGGUAGAUUCAGUGAACCACACGCCCGGUUCUACGCAGCGCAGAUUGUACUGACCUUUGAAUACCUUCACUCGCUGGAUCUCAUCUACCGAGAUCUUAAGCCGGAGAACCUGCUCAUCGACCAGCAAGGUUACAUACAGGUAACAGAUUUUGGAUUCGCGAAAAGGGUGAAGGGCCGAACCUGGACGCUUUGCGGGACCCCAGAGUACCUGGCACCAGAGAUCAUCCUCAGUAAGGGUUACAAUAAAGCAGUGGACUGGUGGGCUCUGGGAGUGCUGAUAUAUGAGAUGGCUGCUGGUUACCCCCCCUUCUUUGCUGACCAGCCUAUUCAGAUUUACGAGAAGAUUGUAUCAGGGAAGGUUCGCUUUCCCUCCCACUUCAGCUCAGACCUGAAGGAUCUGUUGAGAAAUUUGCUGCAGGUGGACCUGACCAAGCGCUUUGGCAACCUCAGGAACGGAGUCAACGAUAUCAAGGGCCACAAGUGGUUCGCCACCACCGAUUGGAUCGCCAUCUACCAGAGGAAGGUGGAAGCUCCCUUUAUUCCUAAGUGCAAAGGCCCCGGUGACACGAGCAACUUUGACGACUACGAGGAAGAGGAAAUCAGAGUCUCCUUCACAGAGAAGUGUGCAAAGGAGUUUGCUGAGUUCUAGAUCCCAACCACGAGUAGCGGAGACAGAGAGAGAGAUUUAGAAAGUAAAAGGGGGUCAAAAGGAAGGAAGGAAGCGCUAGGGUGGACUGCUAACUUGCUUAUUUGUAAUGACGACAACAAUGUAACCCCCCCCCCCUCCCCCUCCCCUAAUUGAAAGGUAGGCAAAGUGAAGAAAGAUCCAACAGAACCAGCAGUGUUGCCUUUUCUGAUUGUUUCUCAACUGUUACCUAUUCAUUUUAUUUAUCCCUCUUGUGUUGUGACAGGGGCUGGAGGAGAUCAGACAUAGGUUGUGGCUGUCCAGCUAUACUCGUAUCUUUCUGAUGGUGUAAUGACAUGUUUUCAGUCUUUGCAGGUUGAGGCAUUGAUUUUCUGUUAAGGUACCGAAUCUGCUAGGCUCCUUUUUUUUUUUUUUUUUUUUGAAUGGGCCCUCUCUACAAGCUUCUCAAAGAGUGAUUGUUGUAUCUUGUCACCCUGGUUCCCCCCCGCCCCCCAUCCAUCUCUCCAUCCUGAAUCUGUCCAAGCAAUACCAAGUCCAACAGAUGUGCCUAUCAUAAUGCCAACUGGUUGGAAAACUGUGUGGAAAGCAUUGGUGCAGAGCUUUGGCUAUGGCGGCAGCAGCCCUUGUGCCCCGUUUGGUUUAAAGCUUGACAAAACUCUCUGCACCUGCCUUUUGUCUGCUAAAUGUGGCAUGAUUAUUGGGUAGAUGACGCGCUCACUGCUCGCAGUGGUGACCUCUUUGAUCAGAGUGGAAAUGAUUUAUCGCCGUAAACUUCAUCGAGGUCUUCUUACUCCUUCUGGGGGACCUGUGAGAAAUGGUAAACAAUGAGGUUUGCAUUUAAGUCUGUCUUUCUCUUAGCUGAAUUUAUUAGAGCAUUUUAAGAAUCCUAUUGGUGAUCAUUUUGUCCUUUUUAUGUCGAUCUCUGUGCUUGUGUGUUAUUUAGUGCUCAAGGGUGGGUUAAAAAGCUGUGAUUUAGCAGCAACUAACAUUGUGGUCACACUCCUGACUAUUGUUUAUUUAAUUCAUAGUACAUUUAUACAUGUAUAUUGAGAUUAUAUAUAUAUAUACUGUAUAUAUAUAUGCAUAUACUGUAUAUAUAUAUAUGAAUAAUCCAUCUUUUUCAACAUUGUCUCAUAGCUGUGAAACUGAAAUUAAGAUUUCAUAAAUAAACAAAUAUAUAAAUUCUGCCAAAUUUGCAAACUGAGAACAUUGCAAAGUUUUCUGUAUGUAACUAUGACGGUGGUGGAUUUUAAUACGCAAAAAAGUAGCAAAACGUUUCAACAAAAUGUGCAUGUUAUUUUUGUACAAUAUCACUUUUAAAGAGAGAUGGCAGAGCAUCAUUAUGCUUUAUUUGUGCUGAGGUACCGGAGAUCGUGGAUAACAUGCUUAACUAUUAAAAAUGGACUCUCGGCUGCUCUAUUAUGACGCUGGAACAAGACCCAGUUCAGUGUGUCAGAAAGUUCUUCUGGGCUUUGUUCAUUAUUCAGUUGUAGGGCAAAAGUUUGCUGAUAAUUGUCACUGAACUUUGUGCUUCUCACCUUGAUAAUUGUUUUUUUUUCCCCUUCCCCCCUUUUUCUCUUGUAUAUACCGUACAUGUAACACCUUCAGAUAGAUUUGCAGUCCAACCAAAUUUUUGGGACUGUUGAGAUUGGAGUGUUUUGUUUCCAGCUUUCUAUGUAACAAAUUAAACUAAGGAAGCUCUCCUAAAGCUGUCCCCUUUUGCCAAGUUUAUUUCUGUGGAUGCAAGACAAUCGCAGACCAAAUCUUAUUGCUGGUUUGUUGACUGAACACUUGGUUUGAUGAAGGAUGUUCGCUCCCCACCCCCCACCCCCCAACCCCACCCUCCAUAGGCCCUAGGUGCUAGACUCUGUCCAUCUCACUGAAAAGCUUCUGUGAAUUGUUAGAUGUGCAUCAAUUUGUCAUAAAGUCUUGUAACAUGACAUUUUUGAGAAUGUUUUUCAACUGAUUUCAGUAGGCUUGAGUAAUUAUUUUGGCUGUCUCUUAAUGUGAUUGAGAUCAAACACACAGGAUACCUUUUUUUUGAAUGUCUUGUCUUGAUGGAGAUGGUUCAAAAGCUGUCUGGAAACAUGAUGUGUAUUUUUUAUAAUACAUGUUUCUCUGGUGAGCUCGGUUUUUCUUGCAUGUGGUAAAGCAACCCAACGGCAAGACGUCUCCUGGAACCCGAAACAUGUUUUGAGAAGUCAUUGUUUCCACAGCCGACAGUCUCAUCGCUGUUUUUGAUUUUGUCUGAGCAUCACAUUGAACAAUGCAGUGGCGCACCAACCACCUUGUCCAGUCUUUUUGCAAACACUGAAGCACAUCCUUUCAAAUCUCCUAUUUAAAUUGAUUUGUGCUAAUUAUUUGAAACUUGUAGGACACGGUGUAAUGCGUUGAAGAGAGCACAUGUAAUAUCUUUUUAUGUUCUGACUAAAUCAGAGUUGGUGGAUGGAAGGCAACGCCAUUUGAUCCACUUCACUGAGGCUAUCACGAUGCUUUGUUUAAAUUAUUUUUUUGUUUCCCCCACACAAAAACUUCUUGUCUUUUAAUUCUCUUCUAUCAGCUGAACACUAUCAACUGCUCUGUGCUAAUUUUUUUUCUCCUGUGUUUGCCUUCUAUCUUCAUCAAGUUUCCACACACUCUUCAUUCAAACAUAACACUUUUUACAUCUGAGAUGUUUUGCGUUCAUAUUUUCUAAUUGUAUUUUCAAAAAAACAGCAAAAAAAACAGCAAAAACAGAACAUUAAUCUUUUCCUCAUGACCUGGGUACAGUGAUUGUGUAGUCUAUUGUACCUUUUGGGAAACAAUACUGUAUAUCCUUGCCUUUGACAGUCUUAACUAUCUUACCCUCUGGAGAACUUGACAGAUACCCUUAGAACACAAUGAGUAUGUUAAAAAAAUAUACAUAAAGUAAUAUUUUGCAAAAUGUAUCAUUCCAAUAAACUUUUACUUGUUAAGACUAA